UUUAGUUCGGAAACACGCAUGCGCCUUUACGCUUUCUCUACACACGUGCACCAUGGAGUCCCCACGAGAUGAAUUGGAUCUUGAUCGGUCUCAGGUAAAGAAAGCUGUAGAGGCGUUACGGGCAUAUAUAAAGAGCAGCUCCUCAUCCCAAAAGCUGUUCGAGAAUGAUGGUCAGGCCAUCUUUUUACAGUUAACUUUAUGGAAAAUCCCUAAAAAGGAGCAAACCAUUCGCAUUCCUUUACCCCAUGGGCUGAGGACUGAAUCAGGGGACGUGUGUCUUUUCACCAGAGAUGAACCCAAAAUGACCUCAGAACAGGCAGUGAAAUUCUACAAUAAGUUACUCAAAGAGAGAGGUGUCAAAAAUGCCAUUGAGGUGAUUCCGUUCAACAUGUUGAAAACUGAGUAUAAGCCGUUUGAAGCCAAAAGGAAACUGCUGGGCAACUUUGAUUUGUUUCUGUCAGACGCACGUAUCCGACGCAGGUUACCCUCACAUAUUGGGAAGCAUUUCUAUCAAAGGAAGAAGGCUCCUCUGUCGGUGGAUCUAGAGAGUAAACAUCUAGCCAGAGACAUGGAGCGCCUCAUUCAGGGCACCAGCAUUACUGUCUCAAACAAAGGCUGUUGUUGCACAGUACGUGUUGCACAUUCAGGCAUGACAGCAGAUGAGACGGUUGAGAAUGUGAUGUCAGCGGUUUCCACAAUCUCAGCAAAAUUAUCAUCGACAGGAAAAAACAUAAAAAUCAUCCAUUUGAAGAGUCAGACUUCAGUUGCGCUGCCCAUCUACACCUCUGACCUGAGUCAUCUCGCGCUGGUUGAGGAGGCCCGCAAGAACGCCCGUUUAACAAAGAGGAAGAGAGAAAAUGAGAAUACAGAAGUGUCAGAGUUGACGACUAAAAAAACCGUGGAAGAGAGAGACAGUGAGGAGGAGAUACCACAGCUGGUGCCAAUUGAGACACCAACCAAAAAGCCAAAAAAGGAGAUCGUAUCUAAAAAAGGACUGAAAAAAGUACCCAAGCCUGCUGCUGGCAAAGAACUAAAGAAAACCGUAAAAGACACAAAAUUGAUCAAGAAAACACCAAAAGCCACAGCACGUGAUCUGAAGAGAAAAGCUAAAAACAAAUAAAAUUGUAAAUGCAUUUAAUGUUCAAUUUUCUCAUCCUGUAUGUCAAUAUAUUUGGAGCAAGAAUUUGUAUUACACAUUGUUUAUGAGGUUCAUGUGAAAGCAUUUGUUCUAAUCCAUGUAAACAAUGAAUUAAAAGUUUACUAAAUCUGA